AUGUCUCAGGCUUCGUUGCCAGUCGAGAUAUGGAUUCGCAUCCUUUGCAAUCUUCCUUGUAAUACUCUCCUUGGACUGAAGCAAGUCUCAAAGACGUUCUACCAUCUGAUCGAAACGGAUCCUCGUGUGCAGUACGCUCUCCAGCUUGACAUGGCUGGGUGCGAGGACGUAGGAUCGAGUGGGAAACCGAUUCAGGACAGAUUAAAUUACCUGAAGAGCAUCGAAACUAGCUUCAAGACUGGUUCGCUCUUGACCAAAGCCUGGAUUCCAAUCAAUGGCGGUACGCGUGCAUAUGAGCUACAAGGUGGAGUAUAUGCUCAGGAAAGGCACUGCGAAGAUGGCAACUCCCAGAAGUCAGGCAUCAACGUAUGCCGACUUCCAUCUCUUUUGCACCCAGGCGCAUCGUGGUCACUUCCGGACUUUGAAUAUUGGUUGACGGAUUUUACUUUGAACCCUCACGAUGAUCUUCUUGUCACAGUUGAGAAAUCACGGUCCUCGUUUGAUCGGCCAUGGAUCAUCCUGCGUUUUCUCUCUCUGACUGAUGGAUACCGUCAUCAGCAAUCCUAUGGACCGGUUCGGAUACAGUCAGAUCAUUGCGACAGUCGCCAACAUUUUAUCAUCCACAUUAUGGGUGACUUCGUGGGCCUCCUCACACUCAAAUGGCACUUUUUCAUCGUCAACUGGAAGACCGGCACUUUUCAUACUCGCUCUGAUCAUGAUCCCAAGGAUCCAAUACACGAUUUCUUCUUCCUUGACAAUACGCGUUUCGUCCUGGUCCGCGGACAGAGAGAGCCACCCGAGUUUGAAAUCUACAGUUUUCAUCAUUCCGGAGAUGAUAGAUCUCAGCCUACACUCCUUGCAGUAUACCAUCUACCAAGAACGGUGGAACCGGUGCAGAAUAUCACCUGCCGCAUCGACCCGCCAUCAUUCUUGCCUAGAAGUCCCGGUGGCGGAUCUCAGACCAAGUUUGGUCAUCUCCCCUUUUAUCCCCGCCUCGAGGAUCGAGCAAUUGUCGUUUGUAUCGACGUGAACAUGCACGGCUCAUCCAUGAGCUACACUCUGGUCACCCGUGCUAGUUCACUCUUCAAGGUCCGUAAUGGUGUGAAGAGUGAGGCGCGGGGUUCCAAUGGCGAAGAGAUACCUGUAGUCGGGGGGAAACUUUGGAUGAAAGAGACAUUCUUCAUUCACGGAGGCUUAGCAAAUAACUAUUCGUGUCACGUCUAUGGCUCCCGCUUCCUGCUUCUUCAUUCAACCCAGCUUGAUGAGAAUGAAGCCAGUCCAGGUGGCAAUGACACCAGGAUAUAUGACUAUGCACUUACUAUUGCAGAUGUCAAUCCUGUCAUGGUAGCAUGGGUACGCUCGAGAUUGGCAUCGAGGGGAGAUCCUGUCCUGGCACCACCUUUUGACGAGGACGAGAUCAGACAACGAAUGCAACAGGACCAAUAUCGGGUCAUCAAUUCAAAUCCAGUCAAAACUAGAUGUUGCGUUGAAGAGGGUUGGACUGGUGAACUCUCUAUCGCGCUCACGACGUUGUCCUUGCCCAGGGAAAGUGUCGUCGGUAUGAUAGACGGCGAACGCGUACUCACAAUACGAAAGGAUGCCGAUUGGCGGGAGAGAGGCCGCACGGGCGCACUUCAUAUCCAUACUCACGAGCUGAAUCGUACACCUACAAUUGGGUAG